GAGGAGGAGGAGGAGGAGAAGCAGGAGCGGAGGGGGAGGAGGAAGGAGGAGGAGGAGGAGAAAACGGGCGUCGAGGGAACUCUGACUGGCCUAUUCAUCCUUAACUGAAAAAUAGGAAACAGUUGCAUGAAGUCAAAUAUGUGGACAAAAAAGUGAAUUAUUUUUCCUGAAAACAAACAACCAUUUUGAUCCUUGCUAUAAAUCAGAGCUUAUCACGUUUAAAUCAUAUGCACAGUGGAUGAUUUGUCAUCAUGAAUCGUGCUUUUAGCAGAAAAAAAGAUAAGACAUGGAUGCACACUCCAGAAGCUUUAUCAAAGCACUAUAUUCCUUACAAUGCAAAGGCAGGCAGUGUUACACCAAAAUCUCCUUCCACCGACAUAUUUGAUAUGGUUCCAUUUUCUCCCAUCUCCCCAAAGCCAUCAACACCUACUCGCAAUGGCACCCAGCCUCCACCAGUGCCCAGUAGAUCUUCAGAGAUCAAGCGAGACCUUUUUGGAGCAGAACCUUUUGAUCCAUUCAGCUGCGGAGCAGGAGAUUUCCCUCCAGACAUCCAAUCUAAGCUAGAUGAGAUGCAGCGUCAGCGAUGGAGGGGUUCAAAAUGGGACUGACUCUGGAAGGCACAGUGUUUUGCCUUGAUCCUCUAGACAGCAAGUGCUGAUUGUCAGGAAUAGACAUUUAAAAAUAUAUUAUCUUUCUUUAUUUCUUUUUACAAAAAUUUAAAAUGUAUUACAAAUAUUAUUGAUGUGCCAAAAAUGUUUUCAACAUAUUAUCUUCUGUGAGAUUUGCUUCUUCAAAACUCCAGAUAAGUUGCAGUAUUAUUCCUGUAAAAUGAAAAUUUACUCAUGUACAGAAAGCUAAAAUGAAAUGACACUGCUGUUUGUUUUUUGUCUUCCAUAUUUUGCAAGUCAUUCUUUGUAUCUUUUGGCAACUCACUUGUACAACAUAGGAACCCAUCGUAUCCUGUGAGAAGUCUUUUAAAACUUGGUUGCACACCACUUUCAGAUAACAAACAAGCAUAUAGAACUAUGAUUGAAAAUAACAACUUUUAAAAUAAAAUCCCCACAAUUGCUUUCUUAAUUCCACACAAAUACUGUUGCCAAUAGGAAAUAAGGUUGUAAACCACCCAGAGUCACCUCGCAAUGAAAUGGGCAGCAAACAAAUUUAAUAAAUAAUUAAAAUAUGUAACUACUUACACAUUCCUGUAAACAAUUACAGUGAGACUGAAAACCAUAGAUCCAGUCUAUACAAUCUGAAUUUAUAUAGCAUAACUUCCUAAUAAAUUGUUAUUAAGAGCCACAAAUCAAGCUAGGUUUCUAAUGAACUGCAGUGCCCCCAAUUUUUGUUAAUUUUGUGAGUGCACAGCAUUUCUGAUUUAGAAGUAAUUGUUAAAGGCAGCCUCUAUGCUUUUCAGGUGCAUCGUAUUUAACAUGCAUCUACUAAAUGAAAUAGAUUAAUAUUUUUACAAUUGCGAUAUCUAACCUCUAUGCCAAAUAUUAAUAUGCCAAUUAUUUUCUAUUAUUUUGUAAUUUAAAAAACAAUCCCUAAAGAUGUAUAAAACUUUGAUUAGAUUUUUCACAUUCCAGAGGGUACUUGGAAAUUUAUACACGAGAACUGACUUUUUCAAUAAGUCAUACAAUAACUAGCUAUUUUGAACACACUCAAACACAUCCAUGUGUACAUAGAAACAUUCCCAAUGUUACACACUAUUUUUAGAAUCAAGGCCCAACAUGAUAUUUCUCAACAUAGUUAUUUGAAAAUCCUACUGUGAAGGUUAAUUAAAAGUGUGCAUGCUAAGGGCACUGCUUGUGGUGCAUGUUAAAUUGCUAUGUAAAUGGCAACAUCUCACUUUAAUUGCAAGGAUUCCAUUGCAAUAGUGAUGGCAUUCAAAAAUGCCACACAUAGUUUGGAAAGUGAUCUGAGGCCAUUGAUUGUUUGGAUUUAACCUGCCCAGAAUUGUCACCUGAUAAUUCUUUCAACCCACUUGGAAUAUACGGGUGACAAAUGGAUAAAUAGUUUCAUUUUGCAUCCUAAUGCAAAAAUUACAAAUGAAUAUCACACAAGGAAUUACGAUAAAAUAAUUUAAGGUAGGUUCUUAAUGAAGGAAGAUGAUAGGUUUAUAACUUCUGCAAGGGAGCUUAUUACUGAGAUAAUGUACUACUUUGUCUCUGCAUAGCAAUAAAUGAAAUUUUGGUUGUGCAUUUCUUUGUAUUCAUAAAUUAAGUUCCUUGUUCAUUUUUACCAACAGUGUAUUCAACAUGUACAAAAAAUUGUUUACCUUUCUGGGAAAGUUUUUCUCUCCUGUAAGGAGCCGUUCACUGUAAAGAAGACGGGGGGAAAUGCUUUUUAUAUAUAAAGAAAGAUAAAGAGAAGUGCUCAGGAGAAAUGGGAAAGAAACGUAAGAAAUUAUUUUGCUCACUUUAUUUUUCAGGGGAAAACACCCUAAUGGUCCGGUACUUGGUUUGCAAAAGAAUAGUUUUUUAUGUUAUAUUGCAAGGUUUACAUGUGUAUUCACAACUAAAGAGAAAACAUUUAUGCAAUGGUAUUUACCUUUUAAAGCUUUGUUCCAAUCUUACAAAAUACUUAAGCAGAUGUCUAGAUAACCUGGAAUUCUUUACAUGCUUAAAAUUAGACAGCUGUAUAGCUGUAUAGCCUUACUGAGUCUUUCUUAUACUCUGAUUUGUGUUAAGUCUUCCUUUAUUAUUUGGUUCUUCUUUUGUAUUUGCAUGUAUAUCUAUAUCUAUGCUCUGAAUCCAAAGAGGAUGGAAUGCAUUUCUACAGUGCGUCUGGUUUCCUACUUCCCUUCUGGCUACAGAUCCUCCCAUCUUAUUAAAUGCCAAUCCAGAAGGCUCCCAUUAUUUUAUGGGGUGAUGGGCGGGGUGAGAAGAAACAGAGCCACUGGGAAUAAGAGAAAAUAGAAAAUGACUCUUUGGAUAUUGGCCCUUGUGCCUGUCAAUAUAGAUAUAUAUAUGAGAUCACUAAUGAGUAGAAUAGGCUCUGUAUUAUAGAGAGACACAUCUAUAAUUUUGUCCAUCAAAUAGUAUUUUGCAGUUUGUACAACAAGGAUGUUUAGUAGCCAUAUUAAUGGCUUUUUUAAACAAAUAGAAUUUGUAUUUUUAUCAUGAAGAAAGCUUUACGUAAUAAGCAUAUAUUUAGGGGCCAUUUACAAUGGAUGUAGGAGAACAUUCAGAAAAUAUUUGCACAUUUUAAAGCAUUGUUUUACUGAUUUUUAUGGAACUUGAUUUGCAAAUUGCUAAAUGUAAUCUAAUUGAUCAACAUCAGUCCAAGAACGUCUAAAUUAAUGCAGCAAGAAAUUACAUUUUUAAUGAAAACAGUUUAGUGCUUUGGUUGAAAUUUGUAUUUCUAUGUAAUCCCAACUGUCUGUUUUAUUUUGCUUCAAAUAAAUGGUUUAAUUAAACUUG